GUAGUCGGUCAGCUUUCUUCUCGAUCAGCGUGCUCACCACAUCUCGGAAGAGACGGUUCCACCCAGCGAUUUGAGAAAGAUGACCCGAAACUCGAGCGGGAUGCCUGAUCUUUCCCCUUUGAUCGCUAGCCGCGACCGCAGCAACAAGUGUCCAUGCCGGCGCCUCAGCCGUAGCCUCGCGCCAAAAUGGAUAUCCGCCACUCAUCGUACGGCAGAGGCUUCACAGCCCUGUCUACGGGCCGUUAGCGCGGCGCCUGCGUUGGGGCAGGGGCAGCGUGGCUUUUACUUGACUGGGAAGGGCAUCGUUUGGUGCUGCCGAUCAAAGGGUAUGGUGCGAGGUUUGGGCUGGUGAGAAGGGGGGUUCUUCCUGACAUCUGUUGAUCUUGCUGCAAACUGUCCUGCAAGACGUGAGCGUUUGUUACUGCGUCGUUCGCUCUUUGGGUUUCUUGGUUCCUGGAACGGCAACAGUGCAUUGGAUAGGAAGAGUUGGAUAUCGCGAUGGGGUUGCUUGCGAGACUCCCGGUGAGCCUCGUGGCUCUGCUGUGCGCAAGUGCGGCGCUGGCGACGAAGCCUUUCGUCGCAGAACUGGGAUCAAGUCGCGACCUCGAAGUACGAGCGACGACGAAAUGUCCGGAUUCUUACACAUCGAAGAACGGGCUCAACUUCACGACCUACUGCGAGCACAACAAUCCCUUCAAUGACGCAAUGGACCCUUUCGAAGUCGACUCAAUGCAAGAAUGCAUGGAACGCUGCUCGCGCUACUGGGGUGAUUCUGAAGGCUGCUACGGUAUCGUCUGGCGCGAAGACAAACAAUGCUGGCUCCGCAACAGCACCACCUCCACCGCUAGCCUCGUAAACGACACCGGCAUCCACUCCGCGCUCGUCGAAGCCGGCGACAUGAACGCACUCGACGAAUCCUGCCCCGCCGCCGACCUCUCCGUCAACGAUCUACCCGGCGUCGAAGGAAUAGGCUAUACAGUGCACUGCGGCAAGGUAAUCGGCGACUACGACACCUGCUGGAACGACUACCCAGAGUGUCUCCCGAGCCCAUUUACCGGCUUCUGGCACGCCACAAGCCUAGUGCAGUGCCUGCGCAUCUGUAUCAGAGAGCAUCCGCUCUGCCGCGCCGUCUCGUACAAUCCCGGCCUCGAGAUCGGCUUCGCAAACUGCUGGCCCAAGACCGGCUUCCCGCAGACGCUCGACGACCCGCCGUCUAGCCAGGGCACCAUGCACAGCGCGACCAUCACGAGCAUCGAGACCAUCGACACAGAGUGCCCCGCCGAUUCUUCGUACACGGCGUCGGGCAGCAAUAAGCAAUUCGAGAUCCACUGCGGGCAGUUGAACACGGGGACGAAUAUUACCGCGGUGCAUAAGCAGAACGUCACGGCGUGUAUGGAUGCGUGUGCGAACCGCAAGAAUUGCGUGGGCGUGCUGUUCGACUCGAGCCUGCAGGGCGGGUAUCAGAACUGCUAUCUGCAGAACACGACGAGCGUGAUCAGCGACCAGAGCAGCGCGACUUACGCCGUGCUGUCUGGCUCCGGGGCUCCUACCUCGCCGAACCCCGACGACAACUCCUCCUCUUCCAAGGCAUGGAUCGCGGGCCCGGUUGUCGGCGGUCUUGCUGGGAUCGCGGCCCUGGUCGGUGCUUUCUUCCUCGUCCGCAGGUGGCGGACCAAGAACGCCGCAGGAGCCGGAAUAGCGGAGAAAGAUGCGAAUUCGUAUACGCCGGCGCCGGCUUACACGCCCGUUGCCCAGGGACACGAGCAUCGCGCGCCGCCGAGCGAGUUGGGCGGCGACUAUGCGCGGGAGAUGCCGGCGGAGGGCGCGAAGCCGACGGUGAAGUAUGCGCAGGGAGCAGGUGGAGCGGAGCCCCAGGAGCUUCCAUCGUGAGCGUGUGUAUUUGCUUCGAGAAGCCAACGACGCGUGGGUAGAGAGUUCAGGCCUGCGACUACCGCUCUGGCGGUCUGUGAUAGAAGAAGAGGAGGAUUUUUCUUGAGGUUCCGUGGGCUCGCGAGAAGAAAAGGGAGAGGAAGAGAAGAACUUCGACGCGCUUUUACCAGACAGCGUUUCAUCUGAGUGGUGUUUUGAUUCGGAAAAGACUUCGCUUCUGGGGCCAUUUGUAUGCUGGAGAUGAAGACCACAGUGGUACUUGAUGUUUUGUUCGUAGUAUAUAAUUCAUGACCUUUUGGAUU